CGUCUUUUUCCGCUCCCUAUCAAUCAAACAAUCCGAGCGACACACACAGAUGCCCGGCGCCGAGUGAAAGAGAGCAUACGCUGUUAGGGGCUCACGGGACUUGCGUGGGACAGUCGAGCCAAUCUUGUCCUAAAAACCUCUAGAAGGAGGGAAAAAUAUGUCGGCUUUUUAAAGGACAGGAGGUUUGAUUCUAGCGAGGGCGAGCGCUGAGUGAAGGCCCGGUUGAGCCGCUCUCAGUCAGGCCAGAGGAACGCUAGACGACGGGCUCCGGCCUAAAUUAACCGCUUUAGAGUUGUUGUUUUUAACUAACAGUAAUUAAAAGUGCACGUUAACGUCCUUUAAAUUGUAUUUACGUUGAGGACCGCGCUCAUGUGCCGCAGACGUGAAGGAUUAGCUGGCGGUGCUGCUAGCGGGCUAAUGUGCCAGCUAACCGCUCUGCUCGCUUGUUAGAGGGGCAACAUGGCGUUUGCUACUUCAGCACCCGCUGCUACAUUACUUCUCCGUCCACAUAACGUGAACAUUUAGGCUGGACCGACGAGUGUUUCCUUGCUCUUCGAAGUUUAGUCGAUGGCUGAACGAGCUGAUAAGCGCCGACUGACUGAAACGCGUCGCGGUUUAGUGCUUCACAUGUCGUUUUUUACCCCAGCAACGCGUUAGCUAGACUUGUUUUUUUGUCUGUAAACGAAAUUAUCAGAUUGCUUCUUAUUAUGAUUGGCUUAAACGGUCUUGCCGUUAUGUGAAGUUAGCGUAGUUUUGUUGGAUAAUAAAUAGCUUGUAUGUAACUUGAUCAACACGAAUGUCGCAAGGCAUGAGAGAAAUAUUGAAGUACUCGUGCUAGUGGGUGUGUGAAUAAAGUGUGCUGUAAAGCAUGGACAUGGCGCUCUGCAGUACAUAACACUGGUUUUACAUAUCAAUACAUCCAGGGCAGGCUUCCCAUUGCAAGUUUACGCCAUGCAUUCCCCCUUUUAUUAGCUGCUUAUGAUAAAUACGAAAGAAAGAAACCCGUAUCUUCAUGUUGGUUAAGAUCAAAAGUGGUUUACACGGGAGUUUUGACUAACUUCUAUAAUGUUGUUUCUGUCUAACGCCUUUUUUUUGUUCUUUUUUAAAGUUGCAUGUGGUUAGUUUUAGGUCGUUUCCUGCUGCCUGCCCAUAUAAUGCCCCAGUGUUGGCAGUGGUCACUUUGAAUAUGAUGGCUGCCCAUUCUGUGUCCAUAGACAAAUAUCAAGAGGGAGAUCAGCAGAUGCAGAUCAUGGAGCAGUCCGAGAGUGACCUUGAGAAGGGCUUUGCCAGUGGAAACACGGGAAGCUCCAGCAGCCCUGUAUCCACUGAACCACAAACACAAAUGGAUGUCUACAAAGCCUGUAUAUAUAGACAUCCCCUCUUCCCUCUCUUGGCCCUGCUGUUUGAGAAGUGUGAGCAGUCUACUCAGGGCUCUGACUGCGUAACCUCUGCCAGUUUUGAUGUUGACAUUGAAAACUUUGUACGCAGUCAGGAGAAAGAUGGCAAGGCCUUCUUUAGCGAAGACCCAGACCUUGACAACUUGAUGGUCAAGGCCAUCCAGGUGCUGAGGAUUCAUCUAUUAGAGCUAGAGAAAGUCAGUGACCUGUGCAAGGACUUCUGCAGCCGUUACAUUUCCUGCCUCAAGACUAAGAUGAACAGUGAGACACUACUGAGUGGAGGGCCAGGCAGCCCAUACUCUCCAGGCCAUGACCAAUUGUCCAACUCUUUCUCAGCUGCCCUCAGUCCCCAGGGCAUUGUGCUGCCCUCACAAGGUCUUCAACAAGGCAAUAUUACAGUGACCGCAGUCAAUCCAUCACAAGUGGUCACAGGUAAUACAGUAUAUCAUCCAGUGACGGUAGUCACACCACAGGGGCAAGUGGUGACACAAGCCAUCUCACCUGGAACAAUACACAUCCAGAACUCACAGCUUCAGCUCAAUCAGGACUUGAGUUUCUUUGGGGGAGAUGACAGCUCACCUAAAAACAAGCGUGGUGUUCUUCCCAAACAGGCUACCAAUGUCAUGCGCUCCUGGCUCUUCCAGCACAUUGCGCACCCCUAUCCCACUGAGGAAGAGAAAAAGCAACUUGCAAUUCAAACAAACCUGACUUUACUCCAAGUCAACAACUGGUUUAUUAAUGCUCGACGACGGAUCUUGCAGCCAAUGCUAGAUGCCAGCGCCACAGAGAUGUCUAAAACCAAGAAGAAGACUCUUGCUCAGAGCCGCCCGCUACACCGCUUCUGGUCUGACUCCAUCGCCUCAUCUGGAACCCAGCAGCAACUCACAAUGCCAGAUGGUAGUAUGGUUACAGUGGGGAUGAACGUCGAUGGCUUCCAGGCGCUUUCAUCAGAUGGAGCAACUCUCGCCAUGCAGCAAGUCAUGAUGGGAAAUCACAGCGAGGAUGAAUCAGAGGAAAGCGGCAAUGAAGACGAUGCAGAUUUGUCAUCUGCUGACAUGACCGGGCUGGGUUUAGAUGUUAGCGACUAAGACACACGGAUCGCAGGUCACACACUGCAUGCUUACAUUUACAUUGGAAAACUUGCACAUGACACUUGUGGCAAGAGAUCCAGUCCCCUCGUAGACUUUCAACAAAGCUGAUACUUGUGCACUACAAAAAAAAAAAAAAUGUAAGAGUACUGCGUGUUGGCUUAUGUAACACACAAACAGUUUACAGAGAGCACAACGUUACUGAAAGAUGCAGUGCGAGGAGUUGCAUUUCAGCACCUGGUUUUAUUGCAUAGACGUGCAGGUGUGUGCACUUUUAUAUAGAGACACUUCAAGAAGGCUGCAACAAUAGAACGCAGAGGAACGUUUUUAAGCUUCUGUAGUGAAUGUUUGUAAUGAUUGUUUUCUAUAUGAACUCAUUUGAAUGCCAAGAUUUUAAGAGUUUGUCGUCGUGCUGGUUUUAUUCACACUGCAUGUUCAUGUUUUCUUCAGUAUGCUCACGCUUGUAGAGAGGCUCCAAGACAGAGUUCGAGAAAAGAGAUUAUUAUUUUUAUAUAUGAACGUUGUAAAAAGUGUUGUUUUUUCUUUUCUUUUUUUUUUUUAGUUUGUGUUUUAUAGGGAAUAUUUAUGUACAGAAACUAUACUAUCUGCCCUGUUUUCAGGGGAUGACUUAAAAGUUUUUUAGAAAAAA